GUCUCCCGUCGGCCACGGUUCUUCACUUCUUGCUACUACGCGGUCCUACAGACCACUUACAAGCAGCCGACUUUACAACAGCCGAUAGAGAUUCUGUACGUAGGCUAUAAUAGCAGCACACCACCCUUUACUUUCCAUCCUGUCUUCUCCCAGACAACCCCUCCACCGCCAUCUAGAACAUUACUACCGCCACGAGCGUGAAGCCGAGCAGCAAUCAUGACCCAAAAGGCACCAAAGGGCACUAUCGCCAUCGAAGAAGCGGUGCUCAACCCCGCGGGCCUCUCCUGGAUCGCCGAGUCCGCCGCGCUGUUCAACCCCGGCCAAGCCGUCACCUCCACCUCCACUCCCACCGACGCACCCAAACCCAGCCAAAAACUAAACCAGCUCCUCCUCGACAUCCACAAUGAGCGCCUCUCCCAGAUGGACGCCCACGGCGUCGAGUACAUGCUCCUGAGCCUGACCUCGCCCGGCGCGCAGGGGGAGCCCGACGCGGCCAAAGCGCGCGCGCUGGCGGCCGAGGCCAACGACUGGCUCGCGGGCCAGGUGGCGCAGAACCCGGCGCGGUUCGGCGCCUUCGCGGCCGUGUCGAUGCACAGCGCUGAGGACGCUGUUGCGGAGGCGACCCGGGCGGUCAAGGAGUUGGGCAUGUUUGGUGUGAUGGUUAAUGACUACCAGGUGGUGAACGAGGGUGGGGAUGUGGAGGGGAAGAGGUACUACGAUGAGGCGGGGUUUAGGCCGUUCUGGAAGGCUAUCGAGGAGCUGGGCGUGCCGGUGUACUUUCAUCCGCGCUAUCCUCCGGCGAAGGACCUGCAACCGGGGACAAAGUACGGGGAGAGGAAACACAUUCUUGGGGCGGCGGUGCAGUUUCACUUGGAUUUGAGCAUGCACUUGUAUGCCCUCUGCUCGAGUGGGGUGUUCGAUGAGUUUCCCAAACUGCAGGUCGUGGUUGGGCAUCUUGGUGAGGGCAUCCCGUUCAAUCUCGUCAGGGCGGAUCACUGGUUCAAUAAGCCGGUCAAGAAAGCCACGAGACCGUCCAAGGAGGACUACAGCUAUUACUUUACCCACAACAUCUCCAUCACCACCUCCGGCAACUUCAACACGGCUGCCCUGAAGUUCUGUAUUGACCAGCUCGGGCCGGAGAGGUGUCUCUAUUCGAUCGACUAUCCCUAUGAUACCAUUGCCGAGGCUCAGGGGUGGUGGCGCGGUGUCAUUCUGCCCCAGGAACAAAAAAGGCUGGUCGCGCGGGUGAAUGCUAUCAAACUGUUCAACCUUCCGCUGGAACUUUAGCAGUAGGAAUUGUAGAACAGCAACAUAUCACGCCAAAGUGAAAGCAUUCCGUCAUACAAUCGGGUGCACAUCAAUUGUUGUACGUACUCCCCAGAAAGGUAG